GGUUCGGGAAAAAUAGAGUUUGAACGUUUCCGGAAGAUCGCUGAAGAGUUCCUCAAAGAAACAAAAUGGAUUCCUGAAACUACACUUAGCUGAGCAGUCGAGCGUUUUUAAAGGUUACAGGACUAACAAGUUGGCCUUGUGAGCCUAUAUUUCAUCCCAUCACCGAACAGCAUCUAGAUCUUAUUGGAGACUGGAGCAUAUCCCUCGACCUCUUCCCCUUCUGAACCAAUGGAAGGGUCCGACAGUUCAGAGCAGAGCAGCAGUGACCAGCCUGAGUCACAGCGCAGACGGCAGCUGGAUCGUCUGGACCGAGAGGAAGCCUUCUACCAGUUUGUCAACAAUCUCAGUGAUGAGGACUAUCGUCUCAUGAGAGACAACAAUCUUUUGGGAACUCCAGGAGAAGCAACAGAGGAUGAGCUGUUUAGUAGACUUCAUCAUAUUAAAAAUGGUGCAGAGCAACAGAAUAACACCCCCAGGGCUGAAAAUGGAGAAGAUCCAGCGGAGCAACCUGAAACCUCAGAGGAUCCUGCUAAUGGAGAUAGCCUCCUUGAAUGGCUAAAUACAGUGAGGCGCACAGGCAACACAACCAGAACUGGUCAUCGUGGAAACCAGUCAUGGCGGGCAGUUAGUCAAACCAACCCAAACAGUGGAGACUUCCGUUUCAGCCUGGAAAUCAGCGUGAACCGCAACCUAGCUGAGCAGCAGGCCGCUACCGAAGGAGAGCAACAAACUGCUGAGUCUCGAGCAGUGGAGGAAAAUGCCGAGACGCAGGUUCUCAUGGAGACGGGAGUGGUAGAAGAACCAGUUGUUGAGGAGAUGGCGGUGAUAGUAGAACCAGAGCCCGAACGGGAAGAGGUUGUUUCAGAGGAGACACUUGCAGAAGUCCCCAGCUCACCAGCUGUUGUACCACUUCCACCCACACUUUCUCCUUCUCCACGUAGAGGGCACAGGAGAGCCCGCAGUCGCAGUUCUGAGCCAUGCAGGACCAGGGCUCGUACGGCCAGGAGCCGCUCUCCCCUUCGUUUAGAUGAGCUGGACGAGCUCCCAAAUCCACGCUUUGCGCAAACGUCUCAAGGCCCCAGCACAGAAACCAGUGCUCCACCCGCGCCUCAAGUUGAGGGUAGUUCUCGGACUCGACAACAUGUUCUUUCGAGACAAAGUGCUCCCGAGAGUGACAUUCAGCAGCCCAGUGUCGAAACUGAGCAAACCCCUGAGACCCCAAACGUCACCUCUAAUGAAGGAGAAACCGGAGCAGAAGGAGGCGCAGCAGGACGACGGCCGCCGACUAUCAUGCUUGAUCUCCAGGUGCGUCGUGUGCGUCCGGGUGAAUACCGCCAAAGAGACAGCAUCGCCAGUCGUACGCGUUCACGUUCACAGAACUCCAACAACACGUUUCUUUACGAAAGCGAGCGUGGUGGAUUUCGUAGGACUUUCUCGCGCUCGGAACGCGCCGGUGUGCGGACGUACGUCAGCACAAUUCGUAUCCCUAUUCGCAGAAUUUCAGACGCAGGUUUGGGUGAGGCGACCUCAAUGGCUCUCCAGUCUAUGAUUCGGCAGAUCAUGACAGGCUUUGGUGAACUUGGCUACCUCAUGGAUUCAGACUCGGAUUCUUCCGAUUCCAACCGCGGAGCCAACGCGCCGGCGGAUGUGUCUGAAACCCCCAAUCACCCAGAGGGUACCACUCCUCCUGCUCCUGCUACAGACGAACCAGCCGCAGCUGCUGGUGUCAGAGUCGAGACUCUUGAGAUUGAUGGUGCCAGUCCCCCCCUCAGCCUCGAGGAGCCCAGCUCAUUACCCCUCCUUCGACUAGCUCACUUCUUCCUGUUGAAUGAUGAAGAUGAGGACCAGCCCCAAGGGCUGACCAAAGAACAGAUUGACAACCUUGCCAUGCGCAACUUUGGCGAGAGCGAUGCCUUGAAGACUUGCAGCGUCUGUAUAACGGAGUAUGCAGAAGGAAACAAGCUCCGCAAGCUUCCCUGCUCCCAUGAGUAUCACGUGCACUGCAUUGAUCGCUGGCUAUCGGAAAACUCGACUUGCCCCAUCUGUCGCAGGGCUGUCCUGGUGUCUACCAAUCGCGAGAGUGUCGUGUAGUUCAUAACAGGCCUUAAUGCCCCACCCCCACAUUAAUGAUCGAAUAACCCAAGUUUAUUAACCAUUUAAAGUAGAAGGAUAUUUGUUGAAAUGUAUUCCUUUCAUACCAUUUUGGAUUUACUGUGAUGUUUGAUUUGGGCUGGUCCAUGCUGUGCCACUGGCGGAGGCCAGUGUUGCUGUGCUUUCAUUGAUAUAAAGGUGAGUAUGAACAUUGUUAGUUAUGUUUUCAUUUUCUUAUCAGUGGAGAAUCGCCACUGCACAUGGCCAUCUCCUUCCCGGUUAAUGAGGUUUCCAUGAAUAUCACACUUUACCCACCCCUCUAAAGCAAAUGUUUCAUUGUAAAAGAUAAUUGUAGAACAAAUAUAGUUAUACCUUUUUGAGAUGGCCAUUGUGCAUUGAGAAUGCCACUGCAACUUUGCGUAGAACUAUGCUAUUCUAUCUUUCCAAAGUUAUACACACACACACACCAUGGCUGCUGUUUGAACCAACCUUUAGUCACCAUACUGAUUUAUGCACUGGGCCAAGUUGUGUGUAAAAGGAAGCCACUAGUAUAUAUAAAGACAACUAUGUGAUUAUAUAAAAGCUGUGCACAGUUUGGGCAGCUCAAAUCUGCACCAUUCUUUUUUUUUAUUGGCUCUGAAACAAAGCCUUAUAUACUAUAAGGUGUGUAUUGGUACAGUUACAACAGUACAAAGUAUUAGCUGUAAAUAAGCUUGUAUAAAUAAUUUUGAAUCAUGCUUUGUAUCAGUGGUAUUAUUUUUUAUUGUAUUGUAAAUAAUUUCUGUCAUGAUUAGGAGCAUAUUGGCAUAUUAUCUUAUUGUCUACCAGAGCAACCCUUAAUUUACAUAAAACAGCUGGUGUCAAUGUGUGAGUGAAUAAUUUAGUGAUUGUGACAGCCAAAUGAGACAUUGUUGGCUCGCCACUCCAAGUGACAUUUAUACAGCCGUAUUUGUUCACUAUGUGUAAUUGUUUUAUAAAAGUAGGUGGUUCUUCAGGCAAGUCACCUUUUGGAUAAUAAAACUUUUGGCCAUUAAAAACACAAAUUACAUUGAUACCACAAAUUAGGGAUGUCUCAAUAUUGGUAGUAGGUUGGUUUGAUUGUGUUGUCAGCAUGUUAGUCCCUGGUCCCCUUUUACCUGUUUACUACUAUUAAAGAGAAAUGUGCCCUAUCCCUAUCCUUUCAUCACAUGUAGAAGACAAUUACAUUUAUCUGUAAAUGAAUUGCACAGUUAUUUUUUUCAACGUA